ACAAAGGGAGUGGCUGGCAUUGGGAAAACAGUCUUAACACAGAAAUACAGUCUGGACUGGGCUGAAGACAAAGCCAACCAGGACAUCCAGUUCAUAUUUCCAUUCACUUUCAGAGAGCUGAAUGUGCUGAAAGAGGAAAAGUUCAGCUUGGUGGAACUUGUUCAUCACUUCUUUACUGAAACCAAAGAAGCAGGAAUCUGCAGCUUUGAAGACUUCCAGGUUGUGUUCAUCUUUGAUGGACUGGAUGAGUGUCGACUUCCUCUGGACUUCCACAAAACUACAAUCCAAACUGACCCUAGAAAGUCCACCUCAGUGGAUGUGUUGCUGAUAAACCUCAUGAGGGGGAAACUGCUUCCCUCUGCUCACCUCUGGAUAACCACACGACCUGCAGCAGCCAAUCAGAUCCCUCCUGACUGUGCUGGCAUGGUGACAGAGAUCAGAGGGUUCACUAACCCACAGAAGGAAGAGUACUUCAAAAAGAGAUUCAGAGAUGAGGAGCAGGCCAGCAAGAUCAUCUCCCACAUCAAGACAUCACGAAGUCUCCACAUCAUGUGCCACAUCCCAGUCUUCUGCUGGAUCACUGCUACAGUUCUGGAGGAUGUGCUGGAAACCAGAGAGGGAGGACAGCUGCCCAAGACCCUGACUGAGAUGUACAUCCACUUCCUCGUGGUUCAGGCCAAAGUGAAGAAGGUCAAAUAUGAUGGAGGAGCUGAGACAGAUCCACACUGGAGUCCAGAGAGCAGGAAGAUGAUGGAGGCUCUGGGAAAACUGGCUUUUGAUCAGCUGCAGAAAGGAAACCUGAUCUUCUAUGAAUCAGACCUGACAGAGUGUGGCAUAGAUAUCAGAGCAGCCUCAGUGUACUCAGGAGUGUUCACACAGAUCUUUAAAGAGGAGAGAGGACUGUACCAGGACAAGGUGUUCUGCUUCAUCCAUCUGAGUGUUCAGGAGUUUCUGGCUGCUCUUCAUUUCCUCUUGACCUUCAUCAACUCUGGACUCAAUCUGCUGGAAGAACAACAAACAACCUUGCAGAACUCUGACACAAGAGAAUCUGCAGAGAAACACUUCUACCAGAGUACUGUGGACAAAGCCUUACAGAGUCCAAAUGGACACCUGGACUUAUUCCUCCGGUUCCUCCUGGGUCUUUCAUUGCAGACCAAUCAGACUCUCCUACGAGGUCUGCUGACACAGACAGGAAGUAGCUCACAGACCAAUCGGGAAACACUUGAGUACAUCAAGGAGAAACUCAGUGAGAAUCUGUCUGCAGAGAAAAGCAUCAAUCUGUUUCACUGUCUGAACGAACUGAAUGAUCGUUCUCUAGUGGAGGAGAUUCAACUGUACAUGAGAUCAGGAUACAUCUCCAGUUUAAAACUGUCUCCCGCUCAGUGGUCAGCUCUGGUCUUCAUUUUACUGUCGUCAGAAAAAGUUCUGGAUGUGUUUGAGUUGAAGAAAUACUCUGCUUCAGAGGAGGCUCUUCUGAGGCUUCUGCCAGUGGUCAAAACCUUCCAGAAACCCCAGAUCAACCAAUCUUCCCCUCCGCCAGCGGUCUCAGUAGACCAAGUACACAAAACCCUGAGGAAGAUCAACCCCCGCAAGGCAGCAGGACCAGACAACAUUCUGGGAUGGGCCCUUAAAGCAUGUGCCAGCAAGCUGGCUGAUGUUCUCGCUUCCAUCUUCAACCUUCAACCCAGGAUUGGCAACAGGACUUCAGUCAGCAUUAUCACAAACACUGGGGUCCCACAGUUUUGUGUCCUCAGACCCAUCCUCUACACCCUAUGGAGUCUCUGUAACCUGUCAGAGAGAAGCUAUGAAGCCCUGUCCUCAGUUCUCAGCUCCCAGUGCUCUAGUCUGAGAGAGGUGGACCUGAGUAACAGCAACCUGCAGUAUUCACCAGUGAAGCUUCUUUCUGCAGGACUGAGGAGUCCACACUGUAAACUGAAUACUCUGAGACUGAGUCACUGUAAGUUCUCAGAGAGAGGCUAUGAAGCUCUGUUCUCAGCUCUCAGUUCCCAGUCCUUUAGUCUGAGAGAGCUGGACCUGAGUAACUCUGACCUGCAGGAUUCAGGGGUGAAGCUUCUGUCUGCUGGAUUGAAGAGACCACACUGUAAAAUGGAAACUCUCAGUUUGUCAGGCUGUCUGAUCACAGAGGAAGGCUGUACUUCUCUGGCCUCAGCUCUGAGCUCCAACCCCUCCCAUCUGGGAGAGCUGGACCUGAGCUACAAUCAUCCAGGAGACUCAGGAAUGAAGCUGCUGUCGGCUGGACUGAAGGAUCCAGGCUGGAGACUGGACACUCUCAGGGUGGAGCCUGCUGGAGUUCGAUGGUUGAGACCAGGUCUGAGGAAGUAUUCCUGUCAACUCACAAUCGACACAAACACAGUACACACAAACCUCAAACUGUCUGACAACAACAGGAAGGUGACACAUGUGGAGGAGGUUCAGUCAUAUCCUGAUCAUCCAGACAGAUUUGAUUACUGGGAACAACUGUUAUGUAGAAAUGGUCUGACUGGUCGCUGUUACUGGGAGAUCGAGUGGAGAGGAGACAUUUAUAUAUCAGUGAGUUACAGAAGAAUCAGAAAGAAAGGAGACAGUUAUGACUGUUUGUUUGCAUGGAAUGAUCAGUCCUGGAGUCUAUACUGCUCUGAUGUUGGUCGUCGUUGUGUCUGGCACAAUAAGACACAAACAUCCAUCUCCUCCUCCUCCUCUGUCUCUAAUAGAGUAGCAGUGUAUGUGGACUGUCCUGCUGGCACUCUGUCCUUCUACAGAGUCUCCUCUGACACUCUGAUCCACCUCCACACCUUCAACACCACAUUCACUGAAACUCUUUAUCCUGGGUUUGGAUUCAGUCCAGGUUCCUCAGUCUCCCUGUGCUGAGUUGAGUGUAAAGAGUGUCCUCCUGUUAGAGAAACACUCUGACUGUUGAACAGAUAGUUCAAUCUGUACAUGUCUGUCUCUUUCACUCAGAAACACGUUUUCAGAUUCAUGGAUUCAA